CCCGGAAAUAACAUAAAUGACCCCAACCCAUGCCUCAAUCCUAAAUCGUCUCUUGACAGCAUUUUGUUCCUUUUUCCAUUUUAUCGUCGGAAAGUGAAAUCUAUUCAUCAUAUAUAGAAGGUAAGAAAUAACUUGCCACCAUGUUCCUCACCCUGAUGCUUCUGCGGAACAGCAUCCCUGGGAAGCAGUGGAUUGGAAAGCAUCGUCGUCCACGGGCGGUAACGUGGCAGAUGAUACGCAACACGGUGAAGCACCUGGAGCGUGAGAGGGCGAACGAGUACUGGAUCAGCCGGCCGUACAUGACCCCGGAGCAGGAGUACUGCCACGCCGCGGAGCGCAGAGCCCAGAACUGGACCAAGAUCAAAGAGGCCAAGUUCUGCAAUUUCCCCAAACACAAGAACAUGACGGAUCAUCUGAGUCACCUCAAUAUCACCAAGACGUGGUCAAGUUAAUGCGAUGGGAGAUGGGACUGUCUUCACAAUGUGACAUGUUUGUGCAAGAAAGCUUGGUUUCAUGGAAUCAAGACUUUGCAUGUCAGUUGAAAAGACACCAUGAAAAGUCAAGACUCCAUCCGCCUCCGUGAAACAAAUGUGUAAUCUUUUUGUGUUUUUUGUUUUUGUAUCAGUCUGAAUCUACCCUGCAACAGGACUGUAAUAGCUCCACACUCAGUGAUGCUCAUUGGAUAAAAACUGCUUAACAUUAA